AGAGCGGGGAUUAGAACCCGGGUCUUCUGACUCCCAAGCCCGGUCUCCUUCCGCUAGGCCCUGCUGUUUCCCAAGACGCGGACCAAAAAAUAGCUACGUGACCAUAGACGGCGAGAGGGAACAUGUGCAAGAAAGCUCGAGACCACCCCGCAAGGGUAUAGUUUGCACAAAACCACUUAUUUGCUCAUUUAAAUGCAAAUACACUUCCUUUCCCCCACCACAACACACACACACACACACACACACGUGUACCUCUGUGUUAGCUCUGGAUGGAGGCCAGGUAUCAGAUCAACCAGGGAACAAGGCUAAGCGCUCGUGAAAUCCCACGACCUUCCCCCGCCCCCCACACCGUCCGCUUCCCAAUCCCACCCCGCCUAUCCGGCAGUAGGUGCCAGCGUUCCGGGGAUUCUGAGAAAAAGAGCUCCAGCCUGGCCUCUGCCCUAGGUCCAAGGUGCACUCCCCCUAUUCGCCCCGAGCCUCCGCCAGCACAAUCCUCUACCCCCAGACGGACGGAGGUGCCAGUGGAGAGACCGGGCAUGUCGGGCGGUGAAGGCCCGUGCCCCGGGGCAGGAGAGGGGGAGGUCCGCAGCUGUGCCGUGUGUGGGGACCACGCCACCGGCUACCACUUCCACGCCCUGACCUGCGAAGGCUGUAAGGGCUUCUUCAGACGCACGAUCAGCAAGGGGACGAGCCUCACCUGCCCCUUCACCCGCUGCUGCGUGGUCACCAAGGCCCAGCGGCGCCAGUGUCCGGCCUGCCGGCUUCAGAAGUGCCUGGACGCGGGCAUGAGGAAGGACAUGAUUCUGUCUGCGGAGACGUUGGCUCUCCGGCGGGCCCGGCGGGCCCAGCAGCGGGUGCAGAGGGCGUUUGGGCAGCUGAGCAAGGAGCAGGAGGGGCUGAUCCAGCUGUUGCUGGGGGCCCACGCCCGCCACGUGGUCCCCAUGUUCCUCCAGUUUGUGCAGUUCCGGCCCCCAGACCACCUGUUCGUCCACAACAAGUCCCGGGCGCCCCCCACCUCCCCACCCCCCGUGUUCCCGCUCCUCACUCACUUGGCUGACAUCAGCACCUUCAUGAUACAGCAGAUCAUCAAGUUCACCAAGGAUCUGCCCCCCUUCCGGUCCCUGCCCAUGGAGGACCAGAUCUCCCUGCUCAAGGGGGCCGCUCUGGAGAUGGGCGAGAUCGAGCUCAACCUGGUCUUCUGCGCCCAGGACCACAGCUUCCUGUGCGGCCCGCUGCGUUACACCCUACAGGACGCCAUCCACGUGGGCUUCCAGGAAGACUUUCUGGAGGGGCUGUUUCGCUUCCACGUGGCCCUGCGGCGGCUCCAGCUACAGGAACCCGAAUACGUGCUCAUGGCCGCCCUGGCGCUCUUCUCCCCAGACCGGCCCGGGGUGACCCAGCGGGAGCAGAUUGACCGGUUGCAGGAGGAGACGGCGCUGACCCUGCAAGGAUACAUCCAGAGGCGCAGACCCUGGGCCCAGGGCAGGCUCCUCUACGCCAAGCUGCUGGGGCUGCUGACGGAGCUACGGAGCAUCAACGUGGAAUACGGCCGGCAGGUGCAGCACAUUCAGGGCCUGUGGGUCAUGAUGCCGCUGCUCCAGGAGAUCUGCAGCUGACGCGGCCCGGAGCCCCCGCCCGCCCCCCAGUCACCCUUCGUCGUCACCGUCAUCGACGAGAAGCAGCGGGGCCUACUGGGUAGAGCCCGGGCCUGGGAGUCGGAAGGACCCGGGUUCUAAUCCCGGCCGCGCCCCUUCCCCGCCGGGGGACACCGGACAGGUCGCUUCACCUCUCUGGGCCCGUCGCCUCAACUGGAAAAAGGGGACGAAGACCGCGAGCCCCACGUGGGACACGGACUGUACACCCCACCUGACUUCCUCGUGUUUAGCCCAGCGCUUAGAACAGCGCGUGGCACGUAGUGAGCGCUUACCAAAUACCAUCUAUUAAAA